CCUUCGAGGGGACCAGUCAGCAUAUAAGAAGGAGGACGUCUGAGGAGUUGCAACAGUGACCCGAUCUCUUCGCCAAACGUUUCCCAACAUCCUAUUCAAAGUCCACUUGACGCAAAGAGCCUCACGAAUACAGAAAGACGCACAUUCGCCUCCUCAGCAGAACCACAUUCUCCUGGCUCACCAUGGUCGUACCGUCCGAUCUUCCGCACAGUGCUUCUGUGAAGCGUGGCGACAUCCUCAAGUCCUCCAUGAGCAACUCAGCGUCCCUCAAUGACUCAGUAAUAGGCUCCAAGGGCACCGUCAAGGGCAUGCUAUGGUGCUACCUUCGCUUCCUCUUCGUGACGUGGCGCCACGCUCUCAUGUCGGUGUCACGCAGCUGGACCGACCCUAUGGUCAUCUGGACGACUUUUGCGUACUCAGCCACAACCACCGUCAUACUUUUCUUCAUCCUCGUCUUCGCCAUUGCUAUCAAGCUCCCCAUUGGGCGACGUCUCUAUGAGAGGCUCACAGAAAACGACUUGGGCCUAACUACUGUCAAUUCUUUUUACCCUGAGAUUUUCUCACAAGCGCACAAAGAGGUCUUCAGCUCAGCCUUUACCUCGAUGUCGAAGCGGCGAGCGGAUAGCAAGAGCACAGCAUACGAACGCAAUUUCAACCUCGAUAUCGCCAAGCUGCUUCUGGUUGUAUCGGCACUCAUGUACGAGCGCCAGAGGCCCUACCCGGUGGGACGCAACGAGCAAAAUGCCGUCAUCUGCGACAAGUUCGUGAUUGAUGUCGCCAGAAGCUAUGGCCUCGAGUACGUGGCCAUCACUGACGUCGGAAGCAUCAGCAGCGCCAUCUGCGGCGCAUUCUUUUCGCUCAAUGACAACUUCAUCAUUCUCGCUUUCAAGGGAACUCAGCCCGACGAUUUUCACGAGUGGGCCACUGACUUUAGUUGCGACUGGACGUUAGCGACCGAAUACCUCCGCGGUUACAGCUAUGUCCACCGUGGCUUCUACGAGGCCCUCUUCCCAUCUCGCCUCGAAAAGGGGACGUUGCCCUACGAUGUCAUCCGUCUCGCCCUCAUCAACAUUGCCCAAAACCUCAAGGCUCGUCGCCGUCAGACACCCGCAAACAACGAUGGUGGUGACGUCCACUCUGGCACCGAAGAUCCCAACGAGGUCCAACCAAUCAACAUCUACGUGACGGGGCACUCGCUUGGGACGGCCACUGCAUCAAUGUUCUUUGCCCGCGCCAUACAGCGUAGUGGCGAUUUUGGACCGCCUGGCUUGAUCGAGAUCGACGAUGCCUACCUAUUCGCUACUCCUAUCACCGUCGAUGUCGCUUCGCAUGCCGUGUUCAACAGCGACAUGCAAUGCAGGUCCGACGAGCCUCCUAGGACGCUUUGGCGCAUCACCAAUAAGCGCGAUGUCGUCGCCACGGGUCUGCCUUGCUUUGGCGAACGAGCGAUCUUCUCUACGGCCAGCGCUCCCAAUUCUAGCCUCAACUUUUGUCAUCUCGGCCAGGAAAUCAAGUUGUGCGAUGCUCCCGCCCUGUCCAGGCAGGGGCCCGGUACUCUGCUCCGGAGCGGGACUCGUGUCAAGAUCGUCAGCGACAAGGCCUCACAGCAGCCGGGCAUCACUUUCAACAAUUACAAGGGAAAGUGGGGCGUCUUUUUGCGUUACGGCGAGGACAUCCCCCUCUUUGGUCGCAUCGCACAGCACUGUCCCGCUUUUUACUUUCGUUCGCUCAGCCAUGUCAGGACGACAGCGAAAAAUGAGUCGCUGCCAGAGGCAAUCUUUCAUCUGUAGAGACUCACGUGUCACCUUCUCCUCCGUCACCUCACCGGUACGGUAGACGACAGCACUUCAAGCCAAUCAGGUCCGGAGAUUUCAAUUUCAGCUCUGACC